GUGCAGCUGCAGAGCCGUCCAUCACGAUAGUUAACAUCACAGAGUUUGGGGUCCUGCUGCAGUGUGAAGUUCUUGGUGCUUUUCCUAAACCUACAGUAGAGUGGCAGGACAGUGCUGGAAACAAACUUCCUGCUGAGGAGCCACAGGUCUCAGAAAGAGGAGGCAGCUUCAACAUCACCCUCCAAACUACUGUGAAGAAGACCGAAAACAACCGGUUCCACUGUGUAGUCCAGCAGGACGACAUCGGUCAUAUAAUCAGUAAUAACAUCACUUUGCCAGAGAAACUGUUUGAGGACACGUGCAGAAGAGGGGACGUAACAGGAUGGUUUCUUUGUGGAUUCUCUUUAGGAGCUCUACCUGUUGCUGCAGUUCUAGUUUUGCUUGUAGCUACAAAGUUCAUCACAGUACGCUGUAAUAAAGGAGCAGCUGAAGAGAGACAGGUAAACGGGGAGAGAAACAGGAUGACAUUCAGCACAAAGCUGGAGGUGGAAUCAAACCCUCACGCUCCACCAGGUUCUCCUGAGCAGGGAAACGGUUAUCAUAAAGAUCUUCCAGAGCUGCUGUGAAGGUGUGUGUGAAUCUGUAGACUGAGUCACGCAUGUUAGUCACAAACAACCAAAUACUGUUUUGUUGGACCAUUUACAUUUACUCAUCUGGCAGACGCUUUUAUCCGAAGCGACUUACAUUUGAGGAACAACAUACAAGCGUCAACAGAGCAUCAACUACAGAUCUACAACUGACAAUACA